AGAGUUAGCUGAUAUAAAACGUACGAGUCGGAAAUCGAUAUUUCAGAGGUUUUUAGUUCAAUGUCUAUUAAUAUUUGCUCAUUUAGGAGUUUAAAGCCACAUUAUGUAUUAUACUUGAAUAUUACAUGCAUAUCUGAAACGCAGAAAGUUACUCACAAACAAUCCUAUAGUGUAGAAAAUUCACGCUGUUUAAAACCUUUUAGGAACUAGUUUUGUGUAAGUGUUAUCGAACCGCGACGAAUGACCUCGACGACUCUGCGGCAAAUCAAAAUUGAAAGGGAAUGAAGUGUAAUUGACCGCCGCUUCUGUAAUCUGAUGUCUUCCACUCUGCGCUCCGUCAUCCUGCGCCGGCGUGCCGCUGCCGCGCGCGCGUGUCUCCGUCGCUCCGCCGGUGUGAUGUCCUACUGCUGUGUGCGCAGUUCCGUGUAAACGACGCUGCGACAACAUGACUAUCCCGAAAGACAUCCCAGAGAAGUGGUUUCCAAUCAUUCUCCCUCUAAAAAGGAAGAAAGAGGGAUUAAGCAACUCAACAAAAAUAAGAAAAGGAACAGAGGAGGAAAGGAGACUCCGGGCCAACGAUAGAGAGUACAAUGAGAAGUUCCAGUAUGCUAGCAACUGCAUCAUGACCUCUAAGUACAACAUCAUUACCUUCCUCCCAGUCAACUUGUUUGAGCAGUUCCAGGAAGUUGCCAAUACCUACUUCCUGUUUCUUCUCAUACUGCAGUUGAUUCCACAGAUCUCCUCAUUAUCCUGGUUCACUACCAUUGUGCCUUUAGUGCUGGUGCUGAGCAUCACUGCAGUCAAAGAUGCCACCGAUGACUAUUUUCGUCACAAGAGUGACAACCAGGUGAAUAACCGUCAGUCUCAGGUCCUCAUCGGUGGCAUACUUCAGAAGGAGAAAUGGAUGAAUGUCAGAGUGGGUGACAUCAUCAAACUGGAGAACAAUCAGUUUGUGGCAGCUGACCUGCUCCUGUUGUCCAGCAGUGAACCACAUAGCCUCUGUUACAUUGAAACUGCAGAACUGGAUGGCGAAACGAACAUGAAGGUGCGUCAGUCUCUGUCUGUCACCUCAGAGCUGGGAGAUCCUAAUAACCUGGCCCAGUUUGAUGGAGAAGUGGUGUGUGAGCCUCCCAACAACAAGCUUGACCGUUUCUGUGGGACUCUGUAUUGGAAAGACUGUAAAUACCCCCUCAGCAACCAGAACAUGCUGCUUCGCGGCUGCGUACUGCGCAACACAGAGAGCUGCUAUGGCCUUGUUAUUUUCGCAGGUCCUGACACCAAACUGAUGCAGAACAGCGGACGGACCAAGUUCAAGCGGACCAGUAUAGACAGACUGAUGAAUACACUGGUGCUGUGGAUUUUUGGGUUCCUGGUGUGUAUGGGAGUGAUCUUGGCCAUAGGAAAUGCAGUUUGGGAGAAAGAAGUGGGUGCUCUGUUCCAGAGCUUCCUUCCCUGGGACCCACCAGUGGACAACUUCUUGUUCUCUGCCUUCCUGUCUUUCUGGUCAUAUGUCAUCAUCCUCAACACAGUCGUGCCCAUCUCCCUCUAUGUCAGUGUGGAGGUGAUUCGUCUGGGUCACAGUUAUUUCAUUAAUUGGGACCGGCGCAUGUUCUGUAGCCGUAGUAACACAGCAGCGGAGGCCCGGACCACCACACUGAAUGAAGAGCUGGGACAGGUGGAGUACAUCUUCAGUGACAAGACAGGAACACUCACCCAGAACAUCAUGACCUUCAACAAGUGCUCCAUCAACGGUCGCGCAUACGGUGAGGUGAUGGACAUUCUAGGAGCUCAGCAGAAGAGGGUCCAGCCCCUGGACUUCAGUGCUUGGAACCCUUUAGCAGACCGGGACUUCUGUUUCUACGACCAGUCUCUGCUCGAGGCGGUGAUGGUGGGAGAACCAGCAGUGCAUGAAUUCUUCCGGGUCUUGUCUCUCUGCCACACGGUCAUGAGCGAGGAGAAGAAGGAGGGAGUGCUGGUGUAUAAGGCUCAGUCUCCAGAUGAGGGGGCGUUAGUAACAGCUGCACGUAACUUUGGCUUUGUGUUCCGCUCUCGCACACCCGGCACAGUCACCACACAAGAGCUCGGCAAAGCGGUCACAUACACACUCCUCGCCAUCCUGGACUUCAAUAACAUCCGCAAAAGAAUGUCUGUCAUAGUGAGGAAUCCAGCGGGCCGUAUCCGUCUGUACUGUAAGGGCGCUGACACUGUGCUUUUCGAGAGGCUUCACUCUUGCAGCCAUGAGCUAAUGAAUAUCACUUCAGACCAUCUCAACGAGUAUGCAGCUGAUGGCUUACGGACGCUCGCAGUGGCCUAUCGGGAUCUGUCUGAGGAGCAGUGGGAGGCGUGGGCAGAGCGGUUCAACGGAGCUGAUAAAGCCACAGACUGCAGAGACGACCGGCUGUCUGCAGCCUAUGAGGAGAUCGAACAGGACAUGAUGCUGUUGGGGGCCACAGCUGUAGAAGAUAAAUUGCAAGACGGGGUUCCUGAGACCAUUGCUGUUCUCUCGCUGGCUAACAUCAAGGUCUGGGUGCUUACUGGAGACAAACAGGAGACUGCAGUAAAUAUUGGUUAUUCCUGCAAGAUGCUGACAGAUGACAUGACAGAGAUCUUCAUUGUCAAUGGACACACUGUCCAAAGCGUACGUGAAGAACUCAGGAAAUCAAGAGAGCGUAUGCUGGAGUCGGCGCGCACCAGAGAUGGAGGGAAAGAAGUUGAAGCUCAGGGAUGGGGUGGUGCUUGUGCCUUUGGAAAUGGAUGUGGAGCUGGUGGUGCUUCUAACUGGGUCUCUAAUGAGAGUAAAUGUUCGCCUCCUCAGGCUCCGCCCUCCUCCUUCCUGGAGUCAAUCAGUGGAGAGUUCGCCCUCAUCAUCAGUGGACACAGCUUGGCUCAUGCUUUGGAAGCGGAUAUGGAGCGUGAGUUUUUGGAGACGGCGUGUGCUUGUCGAGCAGUGAUCUGCUGCCGAGUGACUCCUCUUCAGAAAGCUCUGGUGGUGGAACUGGUUAAACGACAUAAGAAAGCUGUCACACUCGCCAUCGGAGAUGGAGCCAAUGACGUCAGCAUGAUAAAGACAGCUCAUAUUGGCGUGGGCAUCAGCGGUCAGGAGGGCAUCCAGGCUGUGCUGGCAUCAGAUUACUCCUUUUCCCAGUUUCGCUUCCUGCAGCGACUUCUGCUGGUGCACGGACGCUGGUCCUAUCUGCGCAUGUGCCGUUUUCUCUGUUACUUCUUCUACAAGAACUUUGCCUUCACUAUGGUGCACUUCUGGUUCGGGUUCUUCUGUGGAUUCUCCGCGCAGACUGUCUACGACCAGUACUUCAUCACUCUCUACAAUAUCGUAUACACAUCGCUGCCUGUAUUGGCCAUGGGCCUCUUCGAUCAGGAUGUUCCUGAACAGAGGAGUCUGGAGUAUCCGAAGCUGUAUGAGCCGGGUCAGCUGAACUUGUUAUUUAACAAGCGAGAGUUCUUCAUCUGCAUCGCGCAGGGAAUCUACACGUCCGUGGUUCUCUUCUUCAUUCCGUACGGUGUUCUCUCUCACGCCACACAGAGCAAUGGAGUCCCGCUGGCAGACUAUCAAACCUUUGCAGUAACUACAGCAACAGCCCUCGUCAUCGUUGUCAGCGUCCAAAUUGCUCUGGACACGGGUUAUUGGACGGCUAUAAAUCACUUCUUUAUAUGGGGCUCUUUGGGUACAUACUUCACUAUCCUUUUCGCUAUGCACUCCAGCAUUCUGUUCAAUAUCUUCCCCAAGCAGUUCCAUUUCCUUGGAAGUGCUCAUAACACACUCGGGCAGCCAGUGGUGUGGUUAACUAUUGCUCUGGCUACCGUCAUCUGCAUUGCUCCAGUCCUUGCUUUCCGCUUUCUCAAACUGGACCUUAAACCUCAGCUCUCAGAUACCGUGCGCUACACUCAGCUUGUGCUGCAGAAAAAGCAGAAGCCUUGUGGUCGUGUGGGUCGUGGAGUGGGCGGAGCUGGAGUAGCCAGUGGCAGUGCUCUUGGUCGCUUGGGGCGAGGUGGAUCUCGACGCUCCGGUUAUGCGUUUGCGCAUCAGGAGGGCUUCGGCGAGCUGAUCACAUCAGGAAAAAAUAUGCGCAUGAGCUCGCUGGCUCUUGCCUCAUUCGCCUCUCGCCACAGUAGCAAUUGGAUCGAUACCCUUCGCAGGAAAAAACAUGCAAACAGCACUGGUAUGCAGAACACCCCGCCCACUGGAGAAGACAGUGCCGCCUCCUCUCAAGCCCCUCCCCUUUCCACGUCUUCCUCACCAGCAGGCAAGGCAGGACAAGCAUGUUAUGAAUACGUCCUCACUCACAGCCCUGAUGAUAUCGCUCUCAGUGUAAUUAGGAGUCCUGAAAGAGAGGUUGGGGAAUAUAGUACAGGAACUGUGCAGGAAGCACAGUUUGUGUGGAAGGGAACCGGAGCUCGAAUCAAUGGUGCCAGCAGUCCUGGACCACCUCCUAUAGCAGAAGAAACUUCCAGCGGCGAGUGAUAGAUAGAUGGUCCAACUGGAAUUCUUCAUGGGGAUGCUCACACCUUAUGACAUGUGCUCAUGUUUCUGUCUGAGGACAUGUGCAGGAAAGACAGCGCCCCAGACAGUAUGGGAGUAAACACAUGCUAGAACUAAAACACAAAUGGAAAUGGAUGUAGAAGUGUGCAUACAGAGAGCAAAAGAACUGUGCUUAUUAUCAGAUUUCCUGUCAGUCAGGAGGACAGAUAUAAUGUUAUUUGACUGGUUAUGACUGAGUUUUCCACUCUAGCCAAGUUAUCAGACAACAAACCACUAAAUAGCGUUGCCAAGGCUCAAAUUUAAUUGACUAUCCAAAUAGCUUAUGUUAAUUGUUGUCACAGGCUAAAUUACAUUUUAUGUUAAACUUACAUGUAUGGUAAUAUUAAUUUGUUUUUAAUUUGGAGACAAAAACAUCUGAAAUGUAUACUUUAAAGCAUUUCUGUCUUUCAUAUUUUACUAUUCAUUUAGCAAUACAUAUCACAAUAUAUUAAUACACUGCACAUUAAUACACUGCACAUGAACAGUUUUAAGUAAGAGUUGUACAAAUAUUACUGAUAGCUAAAUGACCUGAAGUAUCAGGUGUUUUUGUUCAUUGUUUUGUAUUCACAUGGGGUUGUUCAGUGUCUGAUUUUGUUCAUUUGAAAUCUCGGUCAUGUCAAGGAUUGUCUCUGUGUGGUUUAUCUUUUCUUCCGUUUUUUUAAUCUCUUAGUGACUUUCUUGUGGUCUCGUACUUUUUGGACCGUUUUGUCAGCAUAUUGUUUUGCUGAGUCAGCUUUUUGUUUUUUGUUCCUCAGAAGUUAAUAGUGCGUUUAGUGAGUUUAGGCAAGUGAACUUUCUUAUGUACGGUUAGAGAAGGCUAGAGAUUUUUUGUUUUUCCCCACUGCUGAAAAUAGCAUUAAGAUGUAUUUGGUUCUGUGAUAAAACACUAUAGUUCUCAGUGAGAACGUAAUUCUGCUGGAUGAACCCGUUCUUUCUCAUCCAUUUCUUUGCACCAUGUUGGUGCUGCGACCCUGACUGCUUGACAUAUGCCGCGUUUCCACCAAAAUUACCCAGAACAAUUAUACCAGGAACUUUUUCCCCCCAGACUUGUUGCUUUCUACAUUUCCACCGUGGUCUAAGUACCGGGAAGAUUAGGCAAAUAGACUGGUGACAUAGAUCUGCGCGCGUUUCUCAAUACAAAGUACGCUGAUUUUGGACUUGCAUCCUCGGUAGUUCAGACUUUGCGCAUUCGACUCGGGAGUGUGAUGUCCGCGAUGACGCAAAUCCAGUAAAUCUGCAAACAGCAGUGUACUUGAUAACAUCAGUCAGCUCACCUUGGCUACUGCAAUUUUCCUCACUGUACAUUUACAAUAAAACUAAUUAAUAUAAAAAAUACCACUGCCUCCUUUCGUUUUCAUUUAAACAUAAUAACAGCUGCAGAAAUUUACUUAGUUCAGUGUAUAUGUGUAUAUAUACAGCAAUUACAAUGAAAUUAAAUAUUAUAUCAAUUUGCCUUUUUUAUUUUCAUUUUAACAUAUUGAACAAAUUGAAUACAAACCAAAUAUUACCUGUUAGAUUUACCCAAAACAAAUUAUAUUUUAUGUUUAACCACUAAAGAGACAUCAGAGCCAGCGGCACAUAUCAGAAGAUCUACCCGAGGUGAAGCUGCUUCUCGGUGGAUAGAUGAUCACUGAGCUCCCGCUGAUCGCGUGGAGCUCACCAUCUCCGGGAUCGGCGAAACACAUUUUUAAAUAGGCGCUGUUAAAUAAACCACAGAUUUGAGUUUUAAACAACUACAUUCUCGCCUGAAAUAAUUUUUAAAUUACAUUUCAUGACACAAUGAAAGUAAUAUUUUGAAAAUGAUCCAAAUGAAUGGUGGUUGAAAUCACAAUGCUGCGUGAACUCAAACAAUCAGCAUGUUUAGCGCCCAAGUCCCGCCCCUGAAAGUUCCGGAACUUUGAAAAAGUACUACCUCGCCAGCAGGGACUUUCUGAGGGGCAUAUUUUACCCGGAACUUUAUUUAGUUCCUGGUUGCUGCGGUGGAAACACAUGAGUACCGGCCCAAAAUCCCUAGUUCCUGGGUAAAGUUCCUGCGGUGGAAACACGGCUAUGAAGUCCAAUUCAACCUCAAACUUUCCUUUACUGGACCUGGAGGGUUUAGGCUUUUGCAUUGAUCCAAUGAACUGUAAUAGAUGUGUUUUAACUUUUUCUUUUUUUUUCUUUUUGUAAAGUUGGAUUAAAAUAAUUCACAUCAGAGUUACCACAUGGAUUCCACCUUGACCAUCAUGAUCCAUAAUGUGGCAUUCAACAGUGUUUGGAUUUAGGUAAAUGGGCUAAUAAGACUGUAAGCGCAGUGGUGUGUGUGUAUGUGUGGAUGUGUGUGUGGUGGAAGUGUUGUUGUGAAUGGGUGAGACAGACCAAGAAAGUUUUUAAAGAUGUUUGAAAAGAUACUGAGCUCCAAACUUGCUAUGUUCCCUGUAUAAGGUAGGCCUAGCUUUCAUACUGUGAAAUAGGUAACAAUGAUAUGCCUUAAAAGCUAAAUGUGUGGGUGUUUUUUUUAUUUUUUAUUAUCGUGUAUCUCUUUGCAUCAACACAUUUAUAUAUUGCAAUAAGAAGUUAAAGGUGCAGUAAGUGAUUUCUAAGAAACACUGUUGAAAGUGGAUCUGACUGAGCACCAAAACACACUUGUAGCCAAUCACCAGUAAGGGGCGUGUCCAGUAGUGAUGGGGUAGGUCUUUGUUUUGAAUAGCAUGUUCGGAAAUUUGGGGGCGGAGGCAAUAUAAGGGUGUGAUUAUAUUGGGUAGGGGCGUGUUUGUUUUUGCUGAUUUCGGAUAUCAACAGCAUUUCUCAGAAAUCGCUUUCUGCACCUUUAAAGGUCAUUUUAGUCUGUUUCAGUGUCUUUUAGCCAAAUCCAAAUGAUCUGUGAAGUAAAUAGUAUGACCACUCUUGUGAAUGGGCUUAGUGCAAAAUAAAAAAAAAAAUAGAUGUGAUUAAAUGAUUUUAAUCAAGUAAAAACCUGA